CGUUUGUAUAAUAUAUUCCUAUUCCUUACCCACUUUCUUUUAGCUUUCCCACCGCAAUCCCCAAUUUCCCUCUUUAUUUUUGCUUCCCACCGCCAGAGUACCCAAUUUCCCUCCCUAAUUUCCGAGCUUCCCUCCCUAAUUUCUGAGCUUCCCUUCCCGGUAGACUAACCCAAGUAAUUUCUGAGCUUCCCUCUCUAAUUUCGAGCUUCAUUUCUGCUAAAAUCAUACUCCCCUCCAUAGAUUCCCCAUGUUCCAUCUCUAAUUUCUGAGCUUCCCUUCCCAGUAGACUAGACCCAAGUAAUUUCUGAGCUUCCCUCUCUAAUUUCGAGCUUCAUUUCUGCUAAAAUCAUACUCCCCUGCUAAAAUCAUACUCCCCUCCACAGAUUCCCCAUUUUCCAUCCCUAAUUUCUGAGCUUCCCUUCUCGGUAGACUAGACCCAAGUAAUUUCUGAGCUUCCCUCUCUAAUUUCGAGCUUCAUUUAUGCUAAAAUCAUACUCCCCUCCACAGAUUCCCCAUUUUCCAUCCCUAAUUUCUGAGAUUCCCUCCUCGCAGAUCUCCAAAAUUUGUAAUUGAUUUUGGAUGCUGGGCAGAAACUAUACCCCAAUUGUGAAGAGAAUAAGUUAGCUGCUGUUGUGCAUUUAUUUCACCUAAAAUGCUUAAAUGGGUGGAGUAAUAAGUCUUUCACUCAAUUAUUAGAGUACUUGCGCUUCUUGCUACCAGAAGGGAAUGUGUUACCUAAGUCUUAUAGUGAAACCAAGAAAAUCAUUAGAAGUUUAGGCUUAAGUUAUGAGAAAUGCUUGCCCUAAUAAUUGCAUGUUGUUUUGGAAAGAUAAAGCUAAUGAUGAUUUAUGUUCUGAGUGUGGUGCUUCGAGGUGGAUUGUUAACACAAAUAUUGAAGAAGAUUCUAUAGAUUGCACAAUGAAAAAGAAAAAACCAAAAGCUGCUAAGAUCUUGCGAUGGUUCCCUUUAAUCCCAAGAUUACAGCGGCUGUACAUGUCUUCAAAAACUGCUUCUCUUAUGAGAUGGCAUGAUGAAAAACGGACUAAGGAUGGACUUAUUCGCCAUCCUGCAGAUAGUCUAGCUUGGAAACAUUUUGAUGAAAAAUAUCCAGACUUUGCUGUUGAUCCUCGAAAUCUGAGAUUGGGUCUGGCUUCUGAUGGAUUUAAUCCAUUCAAGUCAAUGAAUGUCACAUAUAACACCUGGCCUGUUAUACUAAUUCCAUACAACCUGCCUCCUUGGUUAUGUAUGAAGCAACCUAAUUUGAUACUGUCACUGUUGAUUCCUGGUCCAAAAAGUCCUGGAAACAAAAUUGAUAUCUACAUGCAGCCACUCAUUGAAGAGUUACAACAACUAUGGGACGCUGGGAUUGAAACUUUUGAUGCUUCUAAAGGGGAGAGAUUCCAGUUGAGAGCUGCAUUAUUGUGGACCAUCAAUGACUCUCCAGCUCGAGCAAUGCUGUCUGGGUGGAGUACUAGGGGGGAAAAGGCUUGUCCAUGCUGUGGUUAUAACACAGAAUCUAUGUGGUUAUAUCACAGUAGGAAAUAUUGUUAUAUGGGCCAUCGGAGAUGGUUAGAUCGAAGGCACAGUUAUCGACAUGAUAAAAAAUCUUUUGAUGGAAAUAAGGAGCUUCGAAUGCCACCUGGUCGAAUAUCCGGAUUAGAAAUUUUGAAUCAUGCAAAUGAUGUGAAUAUAAUGGAAGGGGAGUCAAGUCAGCCUUUGAAAAAGAUUAGUAUUUUCUUCACUCUUCCUUAUUGGCAGCACAAUCUACUUCCUCACAAUAUUGAUAUGAUGCACACUGAGAAAAAUGUCUUCGAUAGCACUUAUGGAACAAUAACUGACCAAGAUGGAAAAACAAAAGACAAUUACAAAGCACGUUGUGACCUCGAGGAUAUGGGGUUGAGGGCUGAUCUACAUCCAAAACCAGGAUCAAGCAAUAACUCUAAGUUGCUGCCCAAAGCUUGUUAUCAAAUGACUGCAAAGGAGAAGGAUGCAUUUUUUAAGGUCUUAAAGGAUAUUAAAUUGCCAGAUGAAUACUCAUGUAAUAUCUCCCGUUGUGUUCAAGUUAAACAACGGAAGAUAAUAGGACUUAAAAGUUAUGAUUGCCAUAUUCUUAUGGAAGAACUUUUACCAGUGGCAAUUCGAGGAUCUUUGCCUAAAAGAGUUGCUUCAAUUAUUAUUGAGUUGUGUCACCUUUUCAAAUGCUUGUGUGCAAAGGUUCUCAAAGAAUCUGAUCUUGAUGAGUUAAAGUCUUAAUCUGCAAUAAUCUUGUGUGAAAUGGAAAAGAUCUUCCCACCUUCAUUCUUCACUGUGAUGGUGCAUCUUAUCAUGCAUUUAGCAGAAGAGGUUGAACUAUUUGCCUACAGAGGUUUGAGUUGAAUAUGAAGCUACAUGGUAUUUGUUUUGCAGGUUGAAGAUGACUUUUAACUGUUAUGAUAUUUUGCCAUUGUUAUUAUUGGUUUUUUUGAAUCUCAUUUUGUUUUUGUGGUUUCUAAUUUUAGUCCAAGUUCUUUAUUGAAGAAAGCCGCAAAGAGCAAAUCAAGAGUUGGAUUAUGA